UACAUUUUGCUUGUGUGCAUAAAGGAAACAGACCAGGUCAACUCUGUCACUUUGAGCGACGACCAAAAUGUUUUAGAUCUAGCCCUCAAUACUUUUAAGACGUGUACAAAUUGCAGAUGUCCAUAUGGGACAACAUGUUCGGGGCUUUCAUGCAGAGCACCUGCAACAAUGGCGGGAUCACAGCUUGCAUCUGUGACUCUCUGCCAGUCUUUACAGGAACUGCUGCCCCACAACUUGAUAUUGUAAGAAGAUAUAUUUGUGCACAGUACACAAGAUGCAGACCAUUCGUGCCCCUGCUCGCGCUCCCGUCGCCUCGUCGCGGCGGGUGGCUACCUUCCGCGCUGCUCCCCGCGUUUCUCGCACCCCUGUGGUCGUCGUGCGCGCUGAGCUGAAGGUCGGCGAGAAGCUGGAGGACUACCCCAACUACUACAAGGUGCUCAAGACCUCCGAGGGCAAGACCAUCUCGCUGUCUUCCUACAAGGGCAAGCAGCCCAUUGUUCUGUUCUUCUACCCCAAGGCUGCCACCCCCGGCUGCACCAAGGAGGCUUGCCGCUUCCGUGACGAGUACAGCCGCUUCACUGCCGCCGGCGCCGUCGUGUUCGGCAUCAGCUCGGACUCGCCCGCUGACAACGCCGCCUUCGGCAAGGCCAACAACCUGCCUUACCCGCUGGUCACCGACGAGAACUCCAUCCUGCGCAAGACCUUCGGCAUCAAGGGCGACUUCCUGGGUCUGCUGCCGGGCCGCCAGACGUACGUGAUCGACGUGAACGGCAAGUGCGUCAUGGCCUUCAACGACCAGCUCAACGUGGAGCAGCACGUGGACGAGGCGCUCAAGGUCCUGGCUUCCGUCAAGGUGGCCGCCUAAGCGUGGUGACACGGCGCAGGAGCUGCGCUGCCGGCUUGCCGGCGGCGGCCCUCAGAAUCAAUUUUGUUAUCGUUGCGAGUGAGGAGUGGAGGGAGCCAGAGUGUGUACGCGUGUGCAUGUGUGGGGAGAGGGUGACAACGAGGCCCAGCACGGCGGGGUCUCCAUGAUAAGGUGUAGCACACGCCAAAGAUCCGGCGACGAAGCGAUCAAGUGCUGAGAAGCUGCGGGGCUGUGUCUUGUGCGUGUGUGCGUUUUGCUUCGCUUGGUGAAUGGGGCGUGAUGACCAUGCCACCUUGCUUGCUAAGUGGGUGUCUACACAUUUGCGCUGCCACGUGACGGACUCGCCGAGUGUAAGAAGCCUAGGAA